AUGCCUCAACCAGUCUCUAAGAGAGAUCCUUUCCCGUCGGACGGCACUGUUGUGGGAGGUGUUCCCCAUCGCCCUUUCAGAAUCCGAAGACAAGCCGCCGCGCCAGCGACCCCUCAAGGCAAUCAACUCAUCCCGGUGGUGGUUGGAGGAGCGCAGGAUACUUUUGUUCCGAACUUGAUCAUGGCUCAGGUUGGCGACGUCGUUCAGUUCCAAUUCAGCAACGGCAACCAUACCGUUACGCAGAGUGCCGAAGGCGCCGCAUGCCAACCUCUUCAAGCUCAGGUUCCGACGGCUAUUCACAGUGGCCAUGUGCCCUUCAAGGACGGACAAGCCAUGGUUGGAACGUUCAACAUGCCGAUUACGAGUGCCGACCCGAUGUUCCUCUACUGCGCUACAGGGCCUCACUGUCAAGAGGGACAAGUCCUGGUCAUCAACCCCACCAAUGCGAACCAAGUCGUCCAAUACUCAAAGUUAGCCGCUGCUGCGAAGGCAAACGUCGACGGAACCACAGUGAGCGGCGGUGCCGUUGGACAGAUUCCCCUGGCAAACGCAGCCUUCGUCCCAGCACCGGCUAAAGGAGCGGGCGGUGGCGGUGCUCCCGCUGCAGCUCCGGCGGCUCCGGCGGCCCCAGCUGCGCCACCCGCAGCAACACCCGCGAACCCGGCUCGGGAUCCUGCGGCGGCACCUCCGGCCGAAGCGCCCGCCGCUCCCCCAGCAGAAGCCCCGGCCGCUCCUCCGGCUUAG